AUGGUCUUCUCCUCCUCUUCGGUUCACAUCACCAAAGCAAACGCACUCCGCGCCGCCCCCGAUGCAACUCCAGAACCAGGUCCCGCCAAAGAGGCCGAUGCUAUUGUCAGCAAGAGCGACAAGCUCUGCGCUUCUGAUACCAUCAUUUACACGACCUCCGGCACCGGACUUCUUCUUGUCAGCCCCGGUGCAGGGCAAGAGCUCAAGCGCCACGAGAUGGGCACAGGAGACUUUGCCUUUAUCCCAGCUUGGACAGAACAUCAGCUGCUCAACGAAACGGAUCAAGACAAUGCAUGGGUCAUCACGCGCAGUGGCCCUUUGCCCACUGUAGUAGAUCUGACGGAUUGGGGAGGUGACCGAGUCAAAUAA